CUUUCUUUUACAGGGGUUCUCAACUGCAAGGAAGAAGUGCAUAGGACCCGAAGCAUUAUUCCCUCGCCUCUCACUCAUCCUCUGCCGCCAUAACGUAUAACACUCCGCCCAUGGCCGAAUCCUCCUCAUUUACCAACACCACUGCUCCAACCAUCGACUGGGCUGACGACACGGAUGAGGAGAUCGACUUUGGUGCCCCUGUCUUCUCCGACGACGAAGAUCUUCCCCCAGAGCUGACCAGAGGUGUUGGGGUAACACCCACCCCGUCCGUUGAUACGGUAGACGACCACAGCUCCAGACAAGAGGACAAGAGCCCUUACAGGGAUAAUAACAGGAAUAGGGACAGGGUCACCAGCGAUGGUCGUCACUCAUCUUCGCCACGAUAUACCGCAGGGUUUGCUGAUGGAUCAAACAGGUCCUUAGACCGGAGGAGCCACAACGACUCUUCGCUCAAGACGAUGAGUAGCCGCGCCCGAACCAGAGAUCAUUCAUCACCCUAUCGCGAUACUCCCAACGAUCGUCUGGAUCGUACCUACUCCUCCAGCGGCCAUCUCUCCACAGGACGCGGACCAGGAAGUUCAUAUGAAAGAGAAAGUCAUUGGCGGUCAGAUGGUCGACGCGAAGACACUCGAGGUAAACCAUCCUCUUCCUACGGCUCGACCCAUGCGGACGGAAAGUCUCGCCCGACCAAAAACUAUGACGGAAGCAGAAGUUCUACGCCUGGACAACGCUCUGUGAGGCAAUUGAUUCCCCUACCCCCAAAGCCUCCUGCAGCACUAGACGCAAACCACCAACCUCGCAUUGACCGCAGUCGCUCGCCUUCCUAUCGAUCGCGCUCACCAAUGGCAGGAACAGAGCGUCAAUGGGACCAUUCCAGGCAGCGGCCAUCAUCACCUUAUUCCGGUAACAUCCGAUCACCCUCGCCUAACAACAACUCGCACCUACCAUCCGGGCUUUCGACGCGGUCUCACAGUCCCGGUCGCGGUUCACGGGCCCACAUGGAUCAGGUAGCAUCAUCCAAGGAUCACUCCAAGCGGCGAUCUCGGGAUUUGGCUCCAGAUAGCGGCGGCCGCUGGGAGAAGACGCCACAUGAGGAUCGACCCUACCCAAUGCUGCACCCGCCCGCGCUCGCUGCAUCGUCACCUAAAGAUGACGUUAUCUACUUCAAACGCCGUGAAGGACGUGCCAACGAACCGAGCAGCCGCGACAGAGACGCCUCAGGAACUAUGUAUCACGAGCGCCUUAACACCAACGACUCCAGACAUCGUGGUACCGAGAGAGUAGACGGACCGGGCGACCGAUGGGGAAAGAAUACAGCCGUGGAACCUGAUCGACCUUAUCCCGAGCGCCCUCGUCCAUCACCCGAUAGCGGCAACAAUCAUGGAAAGCACUCCAGAACAAGAUCGCGGGAUCAAAUCAACAUUCUGCCGGUGACGCCCUCGCCAACACUUGAGAAGGUGUCUCCAAGGGGCAACCGUGGAAGAGGCAAGGAUCAACACAAGCGAAAAUCAAAUGAGCCGCCACCAUUCUCGAGCACUAACGAGGAUGGUCCGCAGGACACGGACAAGGGGUCGGCAGUCCCAUGGUGGGAACAAUCGACGUAUGGACCCAAGAGUAAAAAGGAAGAACCUGCAGUGGAGCUAUCCAAAGAUUCAAGGGAAGAGAAAAUAGCCGUCGCCACCAAGCGAGCAUCUUCAUCAACAGGAGCGACCAAAGCCCGAUCAGGCGCCAAGGAGACAUCCAGCUCAUCUCAGGAUGCGAAAGAGGAGGUUCCCUGGUGGGAGCAAUCGACCUACAAACUCAAGCCCAAGGUCGCCGAGGCUGUGGAUCAAGUCACUUCGCAACUAGCUGGCGUAGAUAUGAAAUCGAGCUCAUCGACUCAAGGACAUGGAAACAGCGAUUCAUUGGCCGAUGCCGAUAUUGUGGCGAAACGGAAGGCGCUCGGACAAAAGGCACCGACCUCAGGCGUGGAAGCAAUGACGCUUGUGAGCCGCGGAGGAGACGAUUCAGGGUAAAGAUUGACAUUUACAAACACCAUGUACAGGUCACCAAACAGAAUACACAGAGACGACUAGACGAUUC